CUUAGCAGAGUGUAGUUCAGUGUUGUUUACCUAAUUAUCCUCGUAAUCUUUUCUCAGUAAAGAGCUGCAGUAUAUCCAGCACAAGGUUAAUUUAAAGCAUGCGCACUGAAUGCUCACACAACACCUACAUACUUACACCCUUUAGCUGAAACAUGUGAAAUGAUUCUCAUAUUUUUUGUUUUUCCCCCCAUCAUUUAGUUCCAUUUUUCAUGUGUGUGACAUCAAGAGCAGACAAAAUGCCAAGCGUCAAACCCAAGAAAAAGAAGAUCAAGAAGGAGAUCAAUGAAGUUGAGGAGCCAGAAGCAGGUCCUGAGCCAGCUAUAGAAAUGGAGGGUCUGGAGAGCCGCAGACAGUCUGAAAGCAGAGAGCCGCUGACCCCUGAGCCUCACGACAAUCCACCACUGAAGAAGAAGAAGAAAAAGAAGGCACAUACUUUUGAUAAUGAGGGUGAACAGCAAGACCACGCCAAUGGAGAUGUUCAAGAGUCCCAUACAGAUGGUGAAGAAGUCACCAAAAAAAGCAAGAGGAAAAGGAAGAAUAAGAUGAUGGAAAACCAGUCUCCCAAUGAGCUCGGUGUGGAGGAAGAUGACAUCAUCACAGAUGUGCAUGCACCGAUAUCUCAGCGCUCUCUCUUCUCAGCCCCUCUGGGUCACAGUCAUCCUAUAGGAAAAGUGUUUGUGGAAAAGAACCGAUGCUUCCAAGCGACUGAUUUAUCCCAUGACCAUCUGGAGGAGUACAUGGAGGUCAGACCCAUGUGGAACACACGAGAUGUGGCCAUGAGGGUCCACAGCGGCUUCAGGAUCAUUGGACUUUUCUCUCAUGGAUUUCUGGCUGGAUAUGCGGUGUGGAAUAUUAUCGUGGUGUAUGUGUUGGCUGGAGAGCAGAUGACCACACUACCCAACCUUCUCCAGCAGUACCACAGUCUGGCUUAUCCAGCACAGUCUCUGCUCUACCUCCUGCUUGCCAUCAGCACUGUGUCGGCCUUCGACAGGUGUGUUAGAGAAAACAGGAGAGUGAUGUCAGGAACAACGGUACAAUUGUACAAAACAUAAUUGACCCCCGAUCAAUUAAAAACCAUAUUUUAUUCGAGAAAUAUAUUGACUCCAAUU